AAAUGGGACAUCUUUCAACAUGAAGGGACUUGAAGGGACUUGGCUAGCCUGAUAGAAGCACAUGAACACACUUUAGAGACCCCCCGUACCCCCACCCCCAACCCUGAUGGACCACUAGAGGCUCCCAGUGGACCAUCAGGAUGCAAGGGCGUAUAUGAGGGCUGGCUGGACUUUAGUGCAUUUUAACUUGCUGCUCUUCAUCUUCUUCACCAGACGACAUCUUCACGGAGCACAGAGACUGUCAACAAGCUGCAGGUUGGCUGGAGAUGGUUCUGCACGUCCUGUCGGGCCUGCUGGUUCUACUGAACGUGUGUUCUGCUCGGCCUCCACCAGUGAUGGAGGACGAGUGGCGCGUCUCGGGCUCGCUGGCCGCCAAGGUGACGCUGCCGUGCCGCUUCUCCAUCACCUCGCUCCCACCCUCUGAGGAGCCGCUGAGGGUCAAGUGGACCCGUGCGGAGGCAGGAGAGGAGAGCGUGGUUCUGGUGGCCCAGGGGGGCGUGAUCAAGGUGGGUCAGGACUACGAGGGCCGGGUGUCGCUGCCCCCUCGUACGUCGGAGCUGGGCCACGCCUCUCUGGACCUCGCUGGGCUCAGGGCCAGCGACGCGGGCCGGUACCGCUGCGAGGUCAUGUACGGCAUGGAGGACCGCCACAGCAGCACCAGCCUGCACGUCAGCGGCGUGGUGUUCCACUACCGGGCCAACACCAGCCGCUACGUCUUGGACUUCCCCGCGGCAGCGGAAGCGUGCCGCUCCGUCGGCGCCACCAUGGCAACCCCUGAGCAACUGGCAGCGGCCUUCCAGGACGGUUUGGACCACUGUGACGCCGGCUGGCUCUCGGACCAGACGGUCAGAUAUCCAAUCACCCACCCUCGUCCGGGAUGUGAUGGGGACUUAAAGAGUCGACCUGGGGUCAGGACCUACGGCCUCAGAUCACCGUCAGACAAAUAUGACGUCUUUUGCUACGUGGACAAACUAGACGGUGAGGUCUUCUACCCCCCGUCACUGAGGGCCAAGCUAACCCUGCAGGAGGCCACCAUGGAGUGCCAGAAGCAUGAUGCGGUGUUGGCGUCACCCGGCCAGCUGUUUGCUGCCUGGGGGGCGGGGCUAAACCGCUGCGACUACGGCUGGCUGUCAGACGGCAGCGUCCGCUACCCCGUCAACGUCCCCCGCCCCCAGUGCGGCGGGGGCCUGCUGGGGGUCCGAACGCUGUACAAGUACGAGAACCAGACGGGAUUCCCCGACCCCGCUGACAAACACGGAGCGUACUGCUUCCAAGCCAAGCUGGCAGAAACCACUGUGACCCCCGACCUUCCGACAUCAGCAGACCCUCAGAGAGGAGCUGUCACUCAUUCUUCAGGUCACCUUGACUCCGCCCCCUCAAAGUCACAUGGUGAUGAAGAUGUUCUAGAAACUGGGCUUACUGGGCUGGAAUCGCUACCUGUCAUAGAGGCCGUAUUGUUUCCCACCACUCUGCCGCCACCUGUUGAUGACCCCCAGGGGGGGUCGGGUCGGGGAGAGAGCAGCAACAAUGACACUUCAAGCGGCGCCGACCUGGAAGCGGCGCUGACCCCCACUCACGUAUGGGAGCGGACCCCCCCCACACCCGCUUGGCUGGACGGGACCCCCCCAGGCUCUCAGAGUCCAGUGCUGGUUCUUCCCGACCAGACCACCACGGCUCAGCCUGGAGAGGCGGAGCCACAAGAGCCUGCCCUGGUUUUCAAAGUGGACACGCCCUCGCUGACUUUUGACCAAUCAUCACUGGCGCUUCCUGAUGAGGGGGGCUCAUCAGCCAAGCCCCCCGUCCACGUCAUCAUCGUCAACGUGCACGACCGCAACCAAUCAGUCGAUCGCAUCCUGCAGCUCCUCAACUCGCCUGUGGGGGGCGCCAACAGCCCCCUCUUCCCGCAGAUCACCGACCUCUCGCAAGCGGCCGGGGAGGUCGUCCAGCAGGGCAGCGGAGACGCCGCCCUCCUGGAGCCGUCGCUCAUGGGUCUGCUCCCUCCAGUCAGCUUCAUCAACGGGAGACACAAAGUGACCUUUGACACAAGGCUGCCUGAGGAGGCACGGGGGGACCAGUUUGAGACCGCUUCCCCCAUCACGGUGGAGGAGAGCAUGACGCCGUUUGACUACUCCGCCUUGGACGCCCACACAGUGGAGGACCACAUGACCCAGGCGGAUGAUGACACGAGCAAAACACCCCCAAGGAGCACCGUCGUGCCCCCCACCUUGCCUUUGGAUAACACGGAGGGCUCGGCGGAUGGCGCCCGGCCCCCUGCCACCGUCAGCCUGUCACACGUGAGGAGACACGAGACAGAAAUCAGAGAGACGGAGAGUCCGGCUUUUGUCCCUGAAGAGGGGGGGUCGGGUCAGGACACUGAAAUGGAGGAGACGCCCACCAGCAUGCCAGCCCCCAGUUGGUUUGUGGAGGUCCCAGUGGAGUCCCCGGCUGUGGACGGGGUCAAAGAGGGCAUCUCCGGUGGGGACCAGCUCUCAGGGGAGGGAGAGGUUCCGGGAGAGCGGGGUGGUCUAAUUCCUGAAGAGGUGAUGGUUUUACCAGCCAUUGCAGCUGAGAGAGGAACCACCUUGGACCAAGACCAAGAAACAGACAUCUACCCUCCAUCUACCACUCAGAGGGACCCCCGCGCCCCUAGCCCCGCCAGACGUGGCCAUAAUGAGACCACCUCGUUGUUUACGGGCCAACAAACACUUUCCACCCCUUCCCCCUCCCUCUCUGACAACACCCGCUCCUUCCCCCAGUGGGCGAUGACCCCUGACUCGGCCACCACCCCCCUCCCGCCGGAGGACUUUGUGGACUACGACAAAGUGAUCGCCCCCCAGCUGGUGGAGUCACCACCCCCCAGACCUGAUGAGACCAUGAAGCAUCCUGACCCCGUACAGGCCAGUCCUGCCAGUGUCACAGGUGCACAGCCAUGUUCUUCCAACGUGUGUCAUCAUGGCGGCUCGUGCUACCAGCGAGGCUCACAGAACGUUUGCUUGUGUCCACCCGGGUACACCGGGGGGCGCUGUGAAACAGACGUGGACGAGUGCCGAUCCAACCCGUGUGUGAAUGGCGCCACCUGCGUGGACGAGGUCAACGCCUUCUCCUGCCUCUGCCUGCCCAGCUACGCGGGACCGCUGUGCCAGCGAGACACCGAGGUGUGUGGUUCAGGCUGGCACAAGUUUCAGUCUCACUGUUACAAACACUUCACACACCGUCGCACCUGGGACGCCGCCGAGAGAGAGUGUCGACUGCACGGCGCCCACCUGGUCAGCAUCCUGUCCCACGAGGAGCAGCUCUUCGUCAAUCGUCUGGGCAGCGACUACCAGUGGGUCGGCCUCAACGACAAGAUGUUUGAGAGAGACUUCCGCUGGACAGACGGCACGGCCAUGCAAUACGAACACUGGCGUCCCAACCAGCCCGACAGUUUCUUCCAGUCCGGCGAGGACUGUGUGGUCCUCAUCUGGCACGACGGCGGCCAGUGGAACGACGUGCCCUGCAAUUACCACCUGUCCUUCACCUGCAAGAAGGGAACAGUGUCGUGCGGCCCGCCGCCCCCCGUGAAGGACGCGCGCUCGUUCGGUGCGGUGAAGCUGCGCUACGAGGUCAACUCUCUGAUGCGCUACCACUGCAAGGCGGGCUACGUGCAGAAACACGCCCCCACCAUACGCUGCCGCCCCAAUGGCCAAUGGGACACCCCCAAAGUCACGUGCAUGAGCCCUGCGACUUACCACACGUGGCUUCCUCUGCGCCGCCGCACCAGCGGGCUUCACUACGACCUCCACGCCCACCACGCCGCACAUCACCAUAGCGACGACGGCUCUCUGAGCUCCUGGAAUCCUCUGCCGGGCCGCUUCCAGAGGGACAAACGCCACGGGCGACACUGACAUCGCUCCCGAGGCAACGCUGAGCCUGAACUGAACAGUCAUGUGACUUUAGCUCCACCAAACAUGUGAACGCAACACGCCACCAUGGUGGAUCUGAGAGGCCACGUCCCCCCCAACUGGGGCGUGGGCUUUUGUUUUGGUACUCUAGCUGGGACCAGGACUGCUUCCAGUCACCCGCGCUCUCCGUCCACCAGCCGGGAUAUCCCACUGGGCUCAUCGCCAUGGAGACAACUGACUCGUCACUUUUUCUCCCUUCAGUUGGUUCUGCUGGUUUGGACUUCACGUGAUGGAAACGUAUGAAGCCUUUAGGAUUUAAUUUAUUCUACUGAGACACGAAGUCAUGGUCAUUUAGCUGCUUUCUUCACAGCACAAGCUGGAAUUCUUGGAAUAUUUGGGAAUGUGACGUCUUGGGCCAAAUAUCCACACGCAUAAAAGUGCUGAAUAAAUUGUUUAAAGUGACUUUUCCUUUGCUUCAUCGCAAAAACGUCAGGCUUUCAAAUCCAUAAAUCCAAAAUAUUGAUACUUUUGACACAUCAGUCAGAUGAGUUCAUGUUUUUCUGUUGAAACAAAAUUAAACUUUGUGAGUUUAAUUUUUAUUUUCCA